UGGGGUGGAGGGGCGGCGAGAAGUCAGGUGCAGCCGCGGCCCGGAAAGUUUCCUUUCAGGCCCGAAUUGGGGGUUGCCUGCUCUCCGGGGAGCCCCGGUCCUAGCGCCGGGGACCCCCGAGGGCGUGGGGGAGAGCGCUCGGCUGGCUGGAAACUCUUUGCCAGUUCCUGUCCAUUCAAGAUGAGAAAAUUGACCAGAUUUGUGCCCCAUCCCUGAUCCUCCCAGAGGCAAUGAGUGAUCUCUCUGCUGCAUAAGCUGUCCUUAACCUUUCUCACAAGUCAGACAAUCUGCUUCCUCUUGAGUGAGAGCAUUCCAAACUGUGGACCCCUGGGCUCUCUUCACAUUGCUGUGGUGCAGAAGAUUUAAAAUCAGCUGAUGUUCACAAGGAAUAGAGUCACGUGAUGUAUGAAGGGAAACAUAUACACUUCUCUGAGGUUGACAAUAAGCCCUUGUGCUCAUAUAGCCCCAAACUGUGCAAGCAGCGGCGACUCAACGGCUACGCUUUCUGUAUCAGACACGUUCUGGAAGACAAGACUGCCCCCUUCAAGCAAUGUGAAUAUGUGGCCAAGUAUAACAGCCAGCGCUGCACCAACCCCAUUCCCAAAUCAGAGGAUCGUAGGUACUGCAACAGCCACUUGCAGGUACUUGGCUUUAUCCCGAAAAAAGAGAGGAAGAAAAAGAAUGAUCCGGUAGAUGAGGUGAAGGUCAGGCACCAGAUGGAUGCCAUGGCAUUUAGCCUGACGGUGCCCACGCUGGCCUUGAAGAUGCCCAAUGGACUGGAUGGCAUGACCCUCUCUCCGCCCGGGACAAGGGUCCCUCUCCACUACCUGGAAACUGAGUUGGAAGACCCCUUCGCUUUCAACGAGGAAGACGAUGACCUAAAGAAAGGGGCAACUGUGAGAAAGAAGUUGCAGAGCAAGUUGGCUCAGAACCGGCAGCGCCAGAGAGAGACAGAGAUUUUAAAAGUUCGGCAAGAGCACUUUAGUACCCCUCCCGCGCCUCCACAGCAGCACGCCCACCUGUCACCUCUAUCCACUUCUUUGAAACCUCCAGCGCCACUGCAGGGUUCAGUCUGCAAGUCACCUCAACCUCAGAACACCAGCCUACCAAUGCAGGGAGUGGCCCCCACCACACACUCUAUAGCACAAACACGGCAGGCCUCUCACAAGAGGCCUCUGCCCCUCCUUCCAUCCAGUCGGGCUCCCAUCUCAGACGCCCCCAGGACUGACAGAGUCCUCAUGAAAGCCACCGCCUUCUCUCCACACUUCUCCUGUAUAAGCCGACUGCAGAGACUGGUGAAACUGUGUACCCAAAGGCAUCAGCUGGACGCGGACCUGUUUCCUCACUUAGGGUUGGACUGGUCUGAAGAGAGCGGAGAAGAGCCGGAGGACUCAGAUCAGGCCUCGCCAUAUCAGGUUGCAUGGUCCAUCCGAGAAACCCUCAGAUACGAAAGACACACGUUGGAUGACGAUGACGUGGAGAGUAGGAGCUCCAGGGUGACCCAACUUUGCACUUACUUUCAGCAGAAAUACAAGCACCUCUGCCGCCUGGAGCGGGCAGAGUCUCGACAAAAGAAAUGCCGGCAUACUUUUAGGAAAGCGCUGCUGCAGGCAGCCAGUAAAGAGCCCGAAUGCACUGGCCAGUUGAUACAGGAGCUGCGGAGAGCUGCGUGCAGUCGAGCCAGCUUCAGCCAGACCAAGUUGAAGGAGGCGGAGCCAGCAGCAUGCAGCGGAACAGUGAAGGGUGAACAGUGCUCUAACCAGGCCCUUCCCUUCACCAGACAUUGUUUCCAGCAUAUCCUUUUGAACCGCUCUCAGCAGCUGUUCUCCAGCUGCACCGCCAAGUUUGCAGACGGACAGCAGUGCUCUGUGCCAGUGUUUGACAUUACACACCAGACGCCCCUGUGUGAAGAGCAUGCCAAAAAAAUGGAUAAUUUCUUGAGAGGAGAUAACUCCCGUAAAGUUCAGCACCAGCAACAGAGGAAACCUAGGAAAAAAACGAAGCCCCCUGCACUUACCAAAAAACACAAGAAGAAGAGAAGGCGUGGACCUCGACGACCCCAGAAACCAAUUCCCCCUGCAGUGCCCCAAGGGAACCUCAGCAUGCCCACCAGCGUCUCACUGCCAGUGGAGGCCUCACAGAUCCGUAGCCCUUCCACGCCAGAGCUGAGUGCCGAUGAGUUGCCGGAUGACAUUGCCAACGAGAUCAGUGACAUUCCGCAUGACUUAGAAUUGAACCAUGAAGACUUUGCGGAUGUCCUGCCGCGGCUGCCUGAUGACUUACAAGAUUUUGAUUUCUUUGAAGGAAAGAAUGGAGAUCUCCUCCCGACCACCGAAGAAGCCGAGGAGCUUGAGCGGGCCCUGCAAGCUGUAACUUCUCUCGAGUGCCUGAGUACAAUUGGGGUACUUACCCAGUCAGACGGUGUGCCAGUUCAGGGCUUGUCAGACAGAGGAAUGGGGGUGUUCUCGACGGGUGCCGAUGCCUCGGGGAUCCAGUCCUUGAGUCGAGAAGUAAACACGGACCUAGGGGAGCUACUUAACGGACGUAUAGUACACGAUAGCUUUUCUAGUCUGGAGCUGGACGAGAACCUCCUCCGUUCUGCUACCCUGUCUAACCCACCCACACCCCUGGCAGGGCAGAUCCAGGGGCAGUUCUCUGCCCCAGCCAGCGUUGGCCUUACUUCUGCCACUCUGCUCAGCCAGAGUGCACUUGGGGAGAGAGCCUUCCCAGGACAGUUUCAUGGACUUCAUGAUGGCAGCCAUGCCUCCCAGAGGCCACAUCCUGCCCAGCUGCUGAGCAAGGCAGAUGACCUAAUCACCUCACGACAGCAAUACAGCAGUGAUCAUUCACACUCCUCACCCCAUGGAAGCCAUUAUGAUAGCGAGCACGUGCCGUCGCCCUACAGUGACCAUAUCACCUCUCCCCACACAUCUUACUCUGGUGAUAAUAUGGCAGCUACCUUUUCAGCAGAGAUGCCCAUCAUGGCACAGCACUUGCUCCCCACCCAGCUUGAGGUGCCACUUGGAGGAGUGGUCAACCCCAGAACUCACUGGGGGAGUCUCCCCGUCAACCUUGGCGAUCCCUCUGCAUUUAGCAACCUCCUCGGCGCGGAUGGACACCUUCUUUCCACUUCCCUCUCCACGCCACCCACCACGUCCAACUCAGAGACCACACAGCCUGCCUUCGCCACCGUUACCCCAAGCAGUUCCAGUGUGCUUCCGGGGUUACCACAGACCAGCUUCAGUGGCAUGGGGCCUUCCGCUGAACUAAUGGCCUCCACGUCUCCCAAGCAGCAACUCCCGCAGUUCAGCGCAGCCUUCGGCCACCAGCUGAGUUCUCACAGUGGCAUUCCUAAGGACCUGCAGCCCAGCCACAGCUCGAUAGCCCCUCCUACAGGCUUCACAGUAACAGGUGCCACGGCUACAAGUACCAAUAAUGCAUCUCCCCCCUUUCCCGCCCCCAACUGAGCGAGUCUGUGUGCUUGCAGGCAGGUGGAACCUGGUGUUUUCUAUCUUUGUUUCCUCUUUUGCACCCCUUUCCUCUUUUCCUCCAGAAGAUUUAAAGAGUAACAGCGGGGAUUAGCGGGACUCCCCCUUCCCAGUCUACAAGUGGCCGUGCAGGGGACCUUGUCAGUGUUCACAUGUGCUCCUCAGCACUGGUGCUCUUUCCCUCCUGGCGGGUCCUCUCAGCCUGGCGGCUUUCUCUGGUGGCUCAGCACAGCGACUGGAUAGGAUUGUUUUUUUCUUUCAGCAAGUCCUAGAAGUGGAAGAUACCUCAGAUUACCAGUGCCCUUUACUAUUUCCUAGUGUUCAGAUCAAUGAUUUCCAUUCUCUAGCCAGGUUUUUACAUAGGUUGUUCUAGAUAGAGUGGUCCUAUUGAGAUCCUGUGUAGCAGAUGGUGUGUGGAGGCAAAUCAGAGCUCUGACUUAGCACCACCUGCCAAACACCAUGGUGAGGCCUGGAUGCCAUUCCUAAUUGUGAUGUGGUUAACUGAAAAGAAAAUCGUCUCUUGACUGCCUGUGAAUGCGUGUUCACCCCUGUGUGUGUUUCGUAGCUGUCAUGUUUUGUUGUUUUGUUUUUCUCCCAGAAAAAGGCUCUUUUUCCCUCCUUCCGUCUCAUACCUAGCAAGGUUGGCCCUUCUUUCUGACUGAGUUGACUAAAGCAUCCUGAAUAAGGAGGGGGUAGAUGAUCUGUUAGUGUUAGCACAGCCCUUUCUUGCUAAAUAUCAGCCUAUGAAGAGAGGAACCACAGAAGGCUGAAGUCACCUCAGUUAUAGGUAGUGUCAUGGCAACUAAUCUUGGGUGGCGGCAGGGCUGCUCAGGGUUAGGGUCUCACGGUCACUUUGCCUUUUCCAUGUGUAUUUGUCCCCAAAUCCCUCCCUCAUGGAACACAUUUGCAAGUUGUAAUUAAAGAAGAUAUUUUGAUGUGAAAAAGCAGGCUAUACCAGAUAGGUUUGGAAGACGACAUCAGUGACCUGUGUGGUCUGUCAUUUGCUCCUAGUUUUUAAAUGUUUACAGUUGUGGUUCUUUGGUGAGACUUGUGAACUGUUGAGGACACGUGUAGAAGCCGUGUACCAGUUGUGAAGUGACGUGUAAUAUCGGAAGGACACACAUUUUAAAGUUUCUUUCAAAACAAAAUAUGGAAAUUAGACAUAAAUUGGACUUACCUUAGGUACUUUUAAAAUAAGCACUUACGGUGAAGUAAAUUUGGAAAUUCUUUUAAAGCACCAAGGCUUUAGGGUAAAAAUGUUAUUGGUUAGUGCAGUAAGUUGGUGACUCUGAAGUGAUGUGUGGGUUUCUUCUUGCCUGCCUUCCUCUCCAGAGAAGAGUGGAGCUUCACUUUCUACUCUUGUUUGCCGAGGUUUCGCUGUCCCUUCGGAUUCCAUUGGGUAUUCACACCUGAGGUCAAUCUCAUUUACAUAUGUAUAUUUAAAAAAUAAGACAACAUAUCUAUUAAUGAUGUGGUACAGUAAUUCUUUUGUCAGGGACUGUUUGAUCAUAAUUCCUUCCUAACAAGUAAAGGUCGGAACAUUUUUUCCUCCUCCUUAUGUGUGUUUUCUUCAUGCCAUGCUAGUUCUAGCCAGUCCCUUCUGUUGAAGGCUUUGCUUUCUCUGCCUUGUGACGGACGGAAUGAUGGUGAUGGGCAGGCAUUAUGCAGAUACCAUGUGCCUGAGCUUCUGGAGGGAAAGUCACAUGACUGUAUGAAAUCACGAUAUGCCCUAUUUUGUAUUUAUUGAAUUGGGGGAGGGCAAAAUAUGUUUGUAAUAUAUUUACUUUUUUUAAAUCGUGUUAAUUAAUUGGAAUUUAUUUUUAAUAGCUUUGCCAUUUUUGCAGAUUGAGAAAUUUCUAAAUUAUAAAUUAUGUCACAAAGCAAAAAUUAUAUUUGGUAUCACCGUGAACUUCUCCCCUGAAUGGUGAGAAACAGCUCUGACUGCUUCUCACCUGUGAACUUUUGUCAGUAGCUUCUCCCAUGUCAGCGCACUGUAAUGGAAUAAUAAUGAGUGGUUACCUCACCUCAGAAGUGUCAUUUUGUUUGCUAAGCUCUCUUAGCAUCACAUCAUAAUCAUCACCACAUGACUGUGCACUCCCAGAAAAUUUAUUUUGUCUCCAUUGUAUAUCAGUUGAAGAUUGAAGCAGGGCAGCCCUGGAUUGCCUUAUCAAGCUCCUGUUUGACAGUGAAAGUCAUGGGUAGUCAAUUUGGACUGUUACUGCCUUUUUGUCCCUACAUUAGCUGCUGAAAAUUCUUUAGUUGUCAAAACUGAGUUUGCAGUUGGUUGCACCUUUUUAUUGUUUGUAGUUUUCUGUUUUAUGUGCAUUUAAAAGCCCUUCUUUGCUUUCGAGUAAGAAGGCAUGAAGUGAUCAGGAAUGUUGCCGGUUAUAGCUUCACGCCAAAAAUAUUGAGUAAACUUGCUUUUGUGUAGAUGCCCACGACAAUAGCAGAAGAGAGGGCAGUCUUAGGAAGUACUGGUAUAGGACCGGAUAAUUAGCAGAAAGCACACUUUUCUUCUAUUUCAGAACUAACAUCCAAGCUUAAAGCUUGCUUUUCUUGUGAGUCCCCUGUUGGAAGACUAUCUAUCUGUAAGCCCAGAGGUAUCCACUUCUAGUUUCUCUUCUAGUUAUUGAAGCAGUUCUAGUCUCUUAAUAGUAGGUGGGGUAUUAAUAUGCAAAGAAAAAUCAAGCAGCUUUUACGAUGCUUACAUGAAACCAUAGCACUUGUGUUAUGGUAAGGCAAUACUGGAAUCAACAACAAACCUUACAUAAGGUCCUAAUGGGGUAGACGCUAGCUUUUGUUGUAGUGUUCAGUACAUAAGAAACAGUGACAGUGAAGGCUCCCUCUGUCUCUGCCGUUCUCUGGGACCAUUUCUAAAGGCCAGUUAGAUUGUGUUACUGUGAUUUAAUUUUUGAAGUUGCUGCAGUUAAUGAAUGCUUUGCAUUCUGUGCUCUGAGAAUCUGAUAGUCAGCAACUGUGAUCUCUGGUAUCUGAAGGGAAGAUGGGCUUUCUCUCCUUUGAUUGUUAAUGUUAUUUUAGUAAAGUACUUAAGACAUUGUUUGUUUCUUCUGUAAAAAUGGCUUAGCAAUUUCCAUACUUUGGUAGGUUACACAGCUAGUCAACAAUUGAGGAUAGUAAAUAGCAGUUACAGGUAGACCACCAAGUGACUGACUAUGUUAUUGUCGCAUAGCUGAUAAGCAAAGGUUGUUUUCUCUAGUGAGCCUACCGUGUGCAGUGUUCCUGCUUCAUAAAUGACAGCCGUUCCGUGUUGGCUGGCAGUGUGGUGUGUCUAGUGCCCCUCUGUGAGAAGAUGAUGGCUUAAUGAGAAUCAGAGAUGGAGUUGGAAAGUUUUAGAUUCCUUAAAGUUGAUGUUACCAUUUUUAGUGGUGUAAGGCUAAGGACAGCUAAUACUUUAUCUUUGCCAAAUAGUUAUUUAUAAGAUUAAUCUUUUAAAGUAAACCAGACUCUCGCCUGAAGGUUAGGGAUUCUCCCCUCUUGUGAGUCACACUAAAACUUUUCCAAAGCUCAUUGUCAGUCCAUGCUUACAAUCCACACAGCAGAGUCAGUUCUUUGUUUAGGAAGGAAACCGUGUGUGCUGUAUAGGUGUCCUGGGUGUAUAGUUUCUUUUACGUGAAAGAACUUAGAUUUCUGUUGGUCUGUUGCAUGGUUUGUCAUAAACUGGCAUUAGAGUUGGAUCACACAGAGGUGAAGCCCUUAUUGUGUGCUCCUUAGAUCUGACCUGCAGUUUGGCUGCGCCUUGGUGUCCUGGGCAGCAGCGGGUGGGCUGGCUUCAUCUGCAGCCCCUCUCUGCAGCCGCUGCCUCCCUCUAGCUGAGUUCCGGGCGUGCUUGUGGCUUGUGCACGGGUUUGACAUUGCCGAGUGGGAGGAUAUUAACACUAAACUAUUUCAUAGGUUUGGAAUUCAUUCGAAUUUUGAAAGUAUUUACUUUUUUAGACUCUUCAUCUUUUCUUCUUAGAAAGAUUAAGUUCUAUUCUGUAGCUGACAUGUGUAGGAUAAUCUAAUAGAGUGGUUUGUUGAAUGGUCAGUACAACUCUGCAGUAUAAUGAGGAAGUUUAGAAACACCUUUGAGUUCAGUUGGAGUGAAUCCUCAUUUGUAUUUCUUUCAUUACUGCUCCCACACUGUUGUAAAGGUUUCUUCCUAUCAAAAUUAUUUCAUGGGGAAAGUCACUUAUGAAAAGUUAUACAUCCCCCCCCCCGAUAACAUAGAAAAUAAUUGAACCUUCCCUGGAAUCAAGUAGAAAAGAAAUAAUGAUUACUUAAUAUUUUGGCUUUGUUAAGUGUCCCCAUAUUAUUUUAUUCUGGUGGGAACCAAAAUCACACUUUAGUUAGAGGAGUAUUCUAAGUGCUGUCUUUCACAAUGUGUAUAAUACGGUCUCUGUGAAGAGCACAGAUGGAGAUCUGUUAAGCAAUCCCCCUGGCCAGCCAGUUAAGAAAGGAACUUCUGGGUGUUAGUCAUGCCUCUUCCAACAGCCAGUGUCAUUAAUGCUGCAGUUGUGGAUUAGGGUUAGGGAGCCGCUUGUUUCGCUCGAAUCCUUUGUCUUGGUUAGCUUUUCCCUCUACACUGUGAUAAGGAGCAAGUAAAAUGGAUGUGGCGUUUCAGAGAGAAGGCGUGGCGUGACUUUAUUUACCCGUGUUCCAGAGCAUCAGUAAUGUGGUGAGUGGCUCCAAGAGCAGAUCCCGGGUGAUCUUUGGCUGGUUGAUCUCGGAGGCCAGUGGGACAGCACGUUUUCUUUCCUCCCUUCCUCCCUCUGCCUGUUUGCACGCUCAUCCCUGGUGCUGCAGUGUGCACACGCACACACAUGAGCCGCACUCAUCUUGGCCCAAGAGUGGUAUAAUCUUUUUUCAUUGGUUUUUGUUGUUGUUCUUAUGUGUUUGUUUGUUUGCUUUUUAAGCUGGGGACCACUGACCUAAGCUCUAUAUGCACCCCAAGCUCCCCAUGGAAAACGUUUCAACACGCAGGGCGGAAGGCACCAGUGCAGCUCAAGGCUACACCCUUGUUUGUCCUUGGAGAAUAGACUGAUUUGCCCCCCCAAAUGACUUCAGCCUGUAUCACGAAGGUACGGGCGCUCCAGCGGGUUAGUGCUAACACGGUAGAGAGCUUGACACCUGCUGACAGUGUGUGCCUCUGUUCCAAAGGGUUGAAUCAGUUCUUCUCAACAGUGAUAGCUCUUCUCACUGUAUAGUGUUGAGUAUGUCUCAGGGAUUCCUUGCGGAAAUUAGGGCAGUUUUUAAAAUAAGAAAAUAGUUUUAAAAGAAACUAAAGGUGACUCAUCAUUGAUGAGAGCUCAAGAAAGAGAAAGCAUUUGGUUUCAUAGCCCAUGGUAUCUCGCCGAGGACUUUUUCCUUUCUUCUUCAGGCUCUCAUCUCAGCGUCAGCAUACAGAAUCCUUUCCCAUCAUGCACAGCUUUAAAACUUUUAUUUAAAAACUUCCUUCCCCAAUGAGCUUUCAGAAUACUUAUUGUAGAUUUUAAGAGAAAAGGUAUAUUAAUUUAUGCUAUUAACAUCACCUCAUAAAUUAUAAGUUUUAUACUAAAGCUGUAUUGAGUGUAAUGAAUUAUGUUGCCUAUGUGUUUUAAUAGCUUAAAAUUAUAUAUGAGCUUCUUCUUUUUAUUUUUAUUUUUGACAAAACAAACUAGUAACGCACCUUUUUACACUGGAUCUCUGCCGUGUCGAGGUGUAUAGCUAUCCUUUGCUACCUUGCAGAUAUAUGAAGAAAAGGAUAACCUGGGGCCUCAAAAUGUAGAGCACCCUUAGACCAUUCAUUAUCGUUCAUAGAACUGUUGAGAGUCAUGUUCUUUAGUACAUGAUCUGUGGUUUACACUUAACGAUGGCUAGACGCUUAGUUACAGGGUAAAUAGAAGCAAAUUGAUCCAGUAAAACUCCCACUACUGUAGCUGGAAUUUUCAAACUAAGUUUUUAAGACCUCUGUUAUUUCCUAUGGAUUUAUUCUUUAAUUUACAGUUUAUUCUGUAAGUUAAGAAGUAAAAUAGAGAUAUUAAUAAACCUAGAUGUUCUCAGUGUCUCAUUCAGGAACGUUUUCCCCUCCUCACUAAGGAAUUCCCACUGUGACUUAAAAAAGUAAAGGUAAAUUACUUGUGUGCAUGUAUGUGUCUGUGUUUUUACACACAUGCAAAAAUAUACAUCGGGGGCACGUGUGUGAGAUAUGAAUGUGUGCUUGUAUAAAAAUAGAAAGGUAACCGAAUGUAUUAUAGAAAUAUGAUUUAUUUAGCUGAAGGUAUCACAGUUACUUUCCCAUUGUUUCUCCUUUAUAACGAUGCCAUAUUCUUUGCUAUGUUAUGUUCAAAGGCUAGCUCUGAUAUCAUGUGCAUUUUCCUUUAACCUUUGAAUUAACUUAAGGUGUUUUUAAAGUGACAUGAGAAAAAGCAGAUUCUAAGACCAGCCUCAUCCUUAUGAGCAUAAAAAUAAGAGACAGACCUAGAUAACAGCUUGUUUAUCUUUCGAGGUGAUGGCACCACAGAUGGGACCAUAGCAUCUCCCUGUUCUUUAUAUUCCAAGUAAUAAAGUAUUAUGAUGAUUUCUUGGUCAAAUUCAGAAAACAUAGGCCUUGGUCAGGAGGCAUUUGAAGGGGCUGCUUGUUUUAGGAGUUGGUGGCUCAUUUCACUGUGCAUAUUUCAAAGCUAGUGUGAUUUUAGUUCUUUCUAAACAUCCUUUAGAACCGGGUUGUGUGGUGCGUAGCACCGCAGCUCCAAUCCUUUGGCUGUCGGUAAAAUCCUGCUCCCCUUGAUGCUUACCUGAUUCAUGUAGAACUAAACAGAAAGGUACAUUCCUGUACUUUGAGCUUUGUCACUUACUGAAGCAUCUGAUGGUCUGAGACAGUCAACUAGAGCCACGUGUUCCCAUCAUUAUAAAACUCAUAUGCUUCGGAAUAUGUCAGAACAACUCCCAAGAACAGAUUUGACUGGUCGUUGUCUUUGAGGCCUCAAUUACUUCAUCUUAGAUUCAGUCAAAACCUGGGUAAGCUUUCUGUGUUGUUUUUUACAAUUGUAUUUUUAUAGCAUCUCCCUGUUUCAUUCACUUUUGCUUUUGGAUUUUAAGAAAUCUGCCUAUUUCUUGUACAUAUGCAUGCAAAUGAAAGGAGGGAGUUUGUACUGAUGUCAUUUCUCCCUUCAGUUGCUGGUUAACGGAAUUUGCUAGAAUCAGUUCCCCCUCAUCGAAAGGUGAGAACAGACCCUUUGUGUAUAUCUGUACAGAGAUGUGUAUAUGGGAUGUGGUGGCACUUUGCUGAAUGUGAACUUGCCUUGUUAAUGGAAAGAUUAAAAAGUAUUAUGUUUAUUUAUACAUUUGUAUAAAUCUAUAUAUACACGUAUGUAUAUGUGUGUGUAUAGAUAAAGCUAUAUACAUAUAUUUCCCUAAAAAUGUGUGUGUGUAAUAGAUUUACAGCCUUUGCUAAGUAAGAUUAUGCAUCUGUGGGAAAUUCUGGAUUAUUCCGCAAGCCGGUGAAAGUGACAACAGUCUAGAGUACAUCAUCAAACAUACUGAAAUGAAAAUCUUUGGAUUGCAGUCACAAAUGACAGACUACGUUGGUCACAGAUGAAUUUCUUCUUUCUCACCAGUUGCACUAUCCCUCAGACUGCUAGCUAGUCUCUCAUUGCUUAGCAGUCACCGUCUUGUUGAGUCUUGUGUUGUCCCAGUACUGGAGAUGGACUCCCUAGGGUGGCCUUGCAGGGCCCCUGCUGAGCCACUUCGUGUCCCCCCCCCCCCACUGCCUUCUCCCAACUUAGUUCUCUCGCUAGAAGCCUUGGCAUAAAUACCUUGACUGUUGCUUUCACAUUCCUUGAUCACUGGCAGUCCCCACAGUAUACAGCUUUCAGUCAUAUCUUCUUUGAGAAUUGGGUAGUCAUCAAAAAAGCCAACAUUCAGACUAUUCAUUUUGAUUUGUUUUUUUAACCUAGGGAACUUUGGAGUAUUUUACUUAAAGUGAAGAAAAAAACCCACAUAAUUAUGACUCGAUGAUUGAUAGUAGUGUUAGGUAUAUUUCCACCCUUAUUAUCAUUUAAAUAGUUUGAUUUGCUUUGUGUCUUAAAUAUAAAUUUACCAUUUGAAUUUUAACAAGUAUACAAAGUCAUGCGGAGGCCUCCUGAAUUCUGACUCAUGUUUCUCAUGUUGAAAUGCUCUAAUGAGUUCUCGUGUAAUGAAUUCUGCUAGAUUUCCUUUUUACUUUCCUCACUGUUGUGACAUUCAGUUUUAACUCUGCCACAGUUCUCUAGAAAACUUGUACCCUUAUCGUGCCUUUAAAGCUCUUAUGCACACACAGAUGAAGUGUAUAUACAUACAUGUUGGCGCAUGUGUACAUAUACUUUGGUAUAUGCUCACACAGUAUGUCUCCAGGAUAUACUGUGGGAGUGGACAUAGAGAUAUUCAAAGGCAAUGGAAUGUUGCUCUCUAGAUAUAUAUGUAUAUAAGUGUUGAUAUAACUGUACAUACACAUGUAUAUGUAUGAGUUCUAAAUGGCAAUCUUUUACAUUUAGCAAAAUGCUGCCCUACUGGAAUAUUGCCACUGCAAUGGCAGUUAUAUGUAAUGAUUUAAAAUACAUUAUCAAAAAUUAUUUAAAGAACAUUUAAAGGUCUCAUCUAAAGACAGCCUCAGGCUAUUUAUUUAGCUUCCUGUUCAUUUUAUUGUUAUGUUUGUAUAACUGAAAGGGAGACUGUCAUUUUAAAAAUAGCCUCUGCACAGAAGAGACGAGAUUCAUUUGGGGCUCUUUGCAUCUCCCCCCUCUCUCUGAAACAGUGACAUACCACAGUCUAGCUUGUUGAUUUCCGUUUCAGAGCAAUCCCAACAUCUCCUUGAUCAACUUAACUCACCAGUUUGCCUCUUCCUUUCAUUAAUGAGUAAUGCUCAUUUCGAUCGUGUUGUCUGAGGGAAGCUGACCCCUCUCUUGCUGCAAGGACUUAGAUCAUCUAGCUGUUUCUCUGCCUUGUUCAUAAUUCACCUCGGGAAGAAGACUGUUCUCAUGAUGCUGUCUUAAGCAAGAGUUUAUUUUGCAUAGUUUGAUUUAUUUGAAGAUCUUAAAUUCUUUUGUUGAAAGAGCUCUUAACUCUUAGGGCGCAUGCACUUGGCAUAUAUUUAAUUCUUACUGCCCUUCCCCGCAAGGUAUCUUUUUCAUUCGUCUAUCAGUUUUCCAUAGUGAAUGCAAGAACAUUAAGUCAAAACUGCUAAAUACUGUUUUGGUUUGAGAUGAGCUGGCAGCAGAUCACACCUGGAAAAUUAAGGGAGAGAAAGGUAGAUGGAUAGAUAACCCUAAACGCUGUGUCAGGUGGGGAGCGGAGUGAGGGUAUUCCUAAGGAAACAGCUUUCACAGAGUAGCUCGCUCGCUGGAGCUGAUAUCAGAACAGCCUUUAACAAAAAGCCUCUUGGCAGAUGUAUGGUACUAACCAGAGUGCCCAAUUGUAAAUUAAAACCAAGUUGCAGUGGGAAAUCAAAGGUGAGGUAGCCAUUGGAAACCAGCAAAGGACAGGCAGGAUGGAGAGUUUGCAAACGUCUUUUUCAAAGUAGCUGCACGGUAGCAAGGACAAGCAUACUGAGAGCUCUUCUUUUCAGCGUUCUCUUUCACCUUGGCACACAGUAUGCUUCAUAUGCCAUACAUUCAGAGCACGGACAGGAGGGCAGCUGCUUAAAGGGGACUUACAAACCAAGCGUCUUCUCUCACGUCUGUGUCACGGCCACCACGUAGUUCCAGGCACGCACACUGGGAGCAGCUAUUCUGCAGAGCGUAGAGGAGGCCUGCAGGGUUUGGAAAGGCCUAUCCGUGGCGCUGGCUGUGGUUUUGCUGGGGAAGACACAUUUGGGGAGAUGAGGGACUUUUGGUUUGUGAUUUCCCUUUAAACAGGAAGAGGUGGUUCACAUUUUCCAUAUAUAUAUCUCAAUGAAUGUACUGUAUUACUGUUUUAAAACUUUGAUGAAAUAAUAAUGGAUUGGUCUCCUUUUGUUAUCUGGUCCUUGUUUAAUUUGUUUAAGGGUUUUUGUAUACAAAAGUUUACAUUUUUAUGUAUAUUUUUCUUGUGUAAAAACUGAUGUAAUAUGUGUAUAAAACACUGUAUGUAUUAUCUGUAUAUAGUGUGACAAAAUGAUUUUUCUUUCUUUCUUUUGGAUGUAUUAAUAAAUCUUGCUGUGAAGUA